AUGCGUAAGAAUAAAGAAGCAAAUGAUGAUGACAUGCUCUUUGAGAUAUCUAAGGAGCAACAUAAGAAGAAAUCGAAUAAGAGAAAUCAAUCUACAAGCAGAGCAAAAAAUGAUGACGAUGAUCAUCACAAUGAUAACACUCCUGAAGCAUCAAAAGGAUAAACUUCUACUUAACAUUAAAUUGAAGAUGAGAAGUAGAACAAAAAUAGAUAGUCUAAUCAAAGAUAGAAAUCAAAGGGAGCAAACUAAGAUAAACAACCUAAAAAAUCUGAAUAAUAAGAAUAAGAAUCACAUUAUAAGGAAAAAUAACAUACGAAAAGAGAUGAAGAGUAUUUUAAAUUGGCUCAAUAAGCAUUACCCAUAUUCAUGCAACCUGAAAAUAUUAGAGAUUCUAAAGGGAGAAAACCGAUCGAACCAAAUUACAAUCCUUCUACAAUAGACAUUCCUAAUUAUCAAUAUGAAAAAUUGUCACCAAUAUUCAAGUAAUAUUGGAAUGUAAAGAAAAAUAAUUUUGAUUUCAUUGCAUUCUUUAGAUGUGGGAGUUGGGUAGCUGUGCUUUACAAUGAUGCUAUUAUUAUUGCUUAAAUGUUCAAUCGUUAUCUUGGAUUCUGGGGAAAAGAUACACCUUGUUUAACUGUCUAUGAUAAUCAAUUGCCAAUAUAUUAGAGGGCUUUGUUAGAGAAAGGAUACAAAAUCAUGAUUAUUGAUCAAUCGGAAUUUUCAGAAAAGACUAACAAAGAUGAUGGAGAAAUUAUUAAAAGAGAAAUCACUUCAAUGAUAACCAGAGGUACUCUAUAAGACUUAGGAGACACAGAUUCUUAUGAAUAAAGAAAUUUAUUAGUAUUGGUUUUUUCAAAUGCACCAGUUAAUUCGAAAGGUCACUCAUAUAUUUACGGAGUCUCAAUUGUUGAUUGCACUACUAACCAAUUUUCUUUUGAUUAAUUCUAUGAUGAUGCAUAAUCCAAUCAUCUAAGAUCUGUUAUUUAUAAUACUAAACCCCUCGAAGUCAUCUUAUGUAGAAUUCCGUAUGAGAUUGAACAGAUUAUCAAGUAUAAAUAUCAUCAAAAUAUCAAUAUAGAAAUAUAUGUCACCCUACUGUUGUCAUUUCCUAAAUACCCUUCAGUGAUUGUUAGUUUAUCUUUGGUCAAUUAAAAAUUGAAUAUUUGGAAUUACACAACCAACAAACUAACAAUUAAUCAAAAUAAUUAGAUGGUCAACCUUUCCAGGUUCAACAAUAUUAAUCUGAAUAAAUAAUGAAUAUUGAUUAAAUAUCAAAAUAAGAGAUUAGAGAAAACUAAGGUGCUGAGAAUUGUUAAUUGAGUUCGGAUUAUCCAACACUAUUGAUAGAAUUGGAGACAUAGUUUAAUCAUGAAAAAAAGUUAUUAAACAAGGAAGAUAAUGAAUCUAAUUUUUAUUCCUAUUAUUAUGCUCUUCAAUCAUUCUAUAUUUUAUUAAGUUAUCUGAGAUAACUUCUAAUUAGCAAUUCAGUUUACAGAAGGGGUAAGUUCAAUUUCCUAGAUUCGAAUAUGAUCAGUAUCACUCAUCUUUAUUUAGAUUCAUAAACAUUAGAAAGUUUAGAAAUCUUUAAUGUAAAUCUUAAAACCAAAGCGACUACUUCAGACAGUUUAUUCAGUUAUUUGGACCGAUGUGCUACUUAUUCUGGUAAAAGACUCCUCACUAAAUGGGUUUAGAGUCCAUUAUAGAAUUAUAAUUCGAUUAUUGAAAGAUAACAAUGCGUUUAAGAACUUUGCAAUUUUCUACCUUAAUGCUAUGAAUUCCAGAAGAAAAUUUGUUCAUUACCAGAUCUAGAGCGUGCAAUCACUAGAUGUUUCAAUACAAUUCAUUCACACAAAUUAAAAGCAGUACCAUAUGGUAGAGGUGAAAGUAUAGGGAAAUCUAAGUUGAAGGAAAUUAAGAAUGUGUUGAGCAAUGUCAGAUAAGCUGCAGAAGUAUUCAAGAUAUUUGAUCAUGAUAUGAAAAAUUUUAAAUGUUAAAAAUUGAAGGACAUCUUUAAUUAUCAAUAAAAUACUUAAAUUUUAAAAUAAUCACUCGAUGAUUUAGAAAAAUAUCUGAUUAUGGAGGAUAAUGAACCAAAACCUAUUUAAGGGGUCAGUUAAGAAUAUGAUGAGACAUUGACUAAAAUAACUGAGAUCACCGAUUCACUUUAAGAUGAACUUGAAAAGUGGAAGAACAAAUUGAAAUGUCCUGACAUCAUUUACUAUCAUACAAAAUUAAGAUAUCAAAUAUAAAUACCUGAAAACCAAUUGUAAAAAGUGUAAAAACCGAAAGAAUUUAUAAUCACUUCAAAAACACCAGAAUAUGAAAGGUUUUAGUCUCCAUUUAUAGAAGAAUAACUGCAUUAGUUAAGAUUAUUAGAAGAUGAACUUUCCUAAAAGUUACUUCCCUUUAUAAAUUAAUAUUUUACUAAAUUUUAUUCCUAUAGGAAAGAAUUCCUUCAAUUAAUUUCGAAUAUCUCAGAAGCAGAUUGUCUGUAUGUUUAUUAAUUUAUUUCUUAGGAUUUCUUUAGCAAUAGUAUCAAAUUAGUAGAAGAAUGUUUCAUGUUUUCCAAAAAUAUAAAAAGAUUCUGAUUAGAGAGAAUUUAAACUUAUUGAAGCGUAUCAUCCAUGUCUACUAAAAGAUAAAAGUGUAGAAUGGGUGCCAAACACAAUCAAAUUUAGUGAUUCUAUUGAUACUAUCUUAUUAACAGGUCCAAACAUGAGUGGCAAAUCCACUUUGUUGAGAUUAAUAGGAGUUUCUAUCAUCUUAGCAUAAAUUGGAUGUGCAGUGCCAGCAAAGUCAUUUUCUUUAACUCCCUUUGAUAGGAUUUUCUGUAGACUUGGAGCUGCAGAUAGAAUAUUAGAAGGAAAAUCCACUUUUUUCAUAGAGCUCGAAGAAACAAAAACAAUACUAGAUCAUUCUACUUCUAAGAGUUUUGUUAUCAUAGAUGAAUUAGGAAGAGGAACCUCAACAUAUGAUGGUAUAGCUCUGGCCUCCGCAGUUCUAAGAUAUUUAUCAGAUAAAAUCAAACCCUUGACUAUAUUUGCUACACAUUAUCACAUCUUAUUGGAUGAAUUUGAAUUGUUUAAGAAUAUCAACCAGUGUGUUAUGUUAUAUUAUUAGGAUAAGGAUUAAAUUACCUUUAAAUACAAAUUAGUGGAAGGAGUUGCUGAAAGGAGUUUUGCUACCAAUGUAGCAUAGAGAGCUGGUAUACCAUAAGAAGUUAUUUAAACAGCCAAAUUAAUGGAAACAAAGAUCACAAAAGAAGAGUCCAAUCUUAAAAAGAAUAGAGUGAUUCUUUAAAAGUUUAAUCAAAUCUUAACAGAGCUAAUAUGAGCAUAGAUUGAUUAUUG